AUGUUCAAGUCAUGGAGCAAGAAGAAGAAGAUAAAAGCUAUAUUCCAACUGCAGUUUCAGGCAACGCAGGUGCCGAAAUUGAAAAAGCCUGCUUUGAUGUUGUCUUUGGUGCCGGACGACGUCGGAAAGCCGACGGUGAAACUAGGAAAAGCUGCAGUUCAGGAUGGAACCUGUAUUUGGGAGAAUCCAGUUUAUGAAUCAGUGAAACUCAUUGAGGAAUCAAAAACGGGAAAACUGAAAGAGAAGAUUUAUCACUUCAUUGUUUCAACUGGCUCGUCAAAAGCUGGUUAUCUUGGAGAAGCUUCAAUUGAUUUUGCAGAUAUUGUGGCAGAAACUGAACCCCUAACAGUCAUUCUGCCCCUUAAAUUUGCAAACUCUGGUGUAGUUUUACAUGUAACAAUUCACAGGAUUCAGGAAGAUGGUGAUCAAAGGGAAAUUGAAGAAGGUGAUGAUCCGACUCUUUCACGCCAUAGCAGCAUGGACAUCCAAAACAGCAAUUGGGAUACAGAUGGAAGCAACCACCUCAGUUUUACGGAAAAUGGAGCCUGCGACAAAACCACUAAUGGCCAUCAGGAUGCUGCCAGUUCCCUGUCACCCCUUGAACAAAACUCCAUGCCUCAAAACGGAAACAACGGUGCCACCUCAAUAAAAAACCAUAUGCGUCAAAAAUCAAGCUUGGAUUGGUCAUCAGAUGGAAGUUUAUUUGAUUCACCAAAUAGUGUUGAAGACAAGCUUCCAACCGAAAGGGUGCAAGCGGGUUCAGAUGAUUCCAUUGAGAAACUCAGAAAUGAAAUUGCUAUUCUUAUGAGGCAGGCAGACCUAUCAGAACUGGAGUUACAGUCUCUUCGGAAACAGAUGGCCAAAGAGAGUAAACAAGGACAGAAUCUCUCAAGACAAGUUAUUAGCCUUAAAGAGGAGAGAGAUGCACUCAGAAUAGAAUGCGAACAACUUAAGUCCUCGCAGGGACGUAGCGAUGGGGAACAGGCUUUCAAAAAGUUGCAGCCCGAGACCAAGGAUACAAGAGUUCAGUUAGAAGCAAUCAAGCAAGAGCUUAAUUUUGAAAAGAAAGUUAGAACCAAUCUUCACUUGCAACUGCAGAGGACACAAGAUUCAAAUUCUGAGUUAGUCCUAGUGGUGAAGGAUCUUGAAGACGCGUUGGAGAAGGAAAAAAGGGAAGUAGCUGAUCUUUCAAGCAAGUUAGAAACUGAAAAGAAUUCCAAAGUGAUGGGUAAAAUGUUUGAGGAUGAAAUCCAAAAAUCUGCAGGGAAACUGACUAAGAAGCGCAGUGAUGUCCAGGAAGUAGAAUCCUUGAAGCUUAAGAUCAGAGAACUUCUUAGUGAAAUAGACACCCACGAGAAGAAGAGGGAAGAGCAAGAUGCGCAUAUAAAACAGCUCACCUUGGACUAUGACCUUUUAAAGCAGGACAACUGUGGCAUCUCUUUGAAGUUAGAUCGUAACCAAGAAAGACUACGAACAGAGAUGGAAAAUGAGCGGGCAGGCUAUAUAGCUACUAUAAAAGAGCUUGAAUCUCAGUUAGAGAGAUCAGAAGAAACAAUUGAGAAGCAAGCACAUGAAUUUGCAGAAUGCUUGAUCUCCAUUCAGGAACUUGAAAGUGAGGUUAAGUCUUUGGAGAUAGAACUGGAGACGCAGGCCAAGGGGUUUGAAGAGAAACUGGAGGCCGUGACAUGUGCCAAGGUUGAGCAAGAACAGAGGGCCAUCCAAGCAGAGGAAGCAUUGAAAAAGACAAGGUGGAAUAAUUCUGUUACAGCUGAGCGUCUUCAAGAGGAGUUUAGAAGGCUUUCUGUGGAAAUGACAUCUAAGGCUGAUGAAAAUGAGAAGCAGGCCACAAAAGCACUGGCAGAAGCUAAUGAACUGCGUCAGCAGAACAGAAUUCUGGAAGAGAUGCUCCAGGAAGCCAAUGAAGAGUUAGAGCUGAUUAAGGACCGGAAUGAAGUAAGAUUGCAAGAUCUUGUCAACCAGAUUGAUGUGAAAGCAAAGCAUAUAGAGCAGAUAUCAUUAGAACUAGACAAUAAAUCCAAGCUCCUUGAACAUGCAAAAAAGCAUGAGGAGGAAGAACAUGAAGCUCUCUCAAUGAAAAUGCAAAUGCUCAAAGCUGAGAUAGAAAGGCUCACAGAAGAGAAUUCUAACUCCACAAAACAGGAGGAAGAGAAAUUGAGAGGAGAUUGA